AUGGCAGACAAAGGUAGCAAACCCCCCAACAAGAAGCUGCGGCACGCGCAAAGGAAGCAGCAGAACAAGGCCGCCCUCCCGUAUAAAUGGACGCAAACAAUUUCCGACCUGGACAUCACUGUCGAAAUCCCGGGGAACCUUAAGGCUAAAGAUUUAAUCGUUGAUAUCAAACGCCAAUCACUAAAAGUAUCCGUCAAGGGCCAAACUCCUAUAAUUGAUGAUGCACUCCCCCACCCCAUUCUCUUAGAUGAGAGCACCUGGACGCUGAGCACUCUUCCCUCAGGCAGCAAAGCUCUCGAAAUUCAUCUGGAUAAAGUAAAUAAGAUGGAAUGGUGGGCACAUGUUGUCGUCUCCGCACCAAAAAUAGAUGUUACCAAAAUCACACCCGAGAAUAGUAAAUUGGGAGAUUUGGAUGGGGAGACGAGAGGGAUGGUGGAGAAGAUGAUGUGGGAACAGAGAGAUAAGGAGAUGAACGGCGGAGUCAGUAGUGAGGAGAGGAAGAAGAAAGAGAUUCUAGAGAAGUUUCAGAAAGAACAUCCGGAGCUGGACUUCUCGAAGGCAAAGAUGAACUAA